AGUCUCCUGUUAUGUGGGUGUCGUGAGUUGACUAGUGGCGCCCUGAAGAUAUGUCCACGUCCUAACUCCCAGAAGCUCUGAAGGUGAGCUUAUUUGGAAAAAUAAGGGUCUUUGCAGAUGUGAUUAAAGAUCUGGAGAUGAGAUCAUCCUGGAUUUAGGGUAGACUCAAAAUCCGAUGACAAGUGUCCUUAUAACCAAAAGGGAGAGGGAGAUUUGAGACACAGUGGCACAGGGGGAGAAGGCCACGUGAAGACAGAGGCAGAGACUGGAGAGAUGCAGCCACAAGCCACAAGCCAAGGAGCCACCAGGAAGGAUUGGAUCUGCUGACACCCAGAUUUUAGACUUCUAGCUUCCAGAAAUAUGAGGACAUACAUUUCUGUUGUUUCAAGCCACCAUGUUUGUGGUACCUGUUCCAGCAGCCUCACAGAAAUCAUAUUGAUGGUGGGGGGGACUUCUGCCCCUCACCCUGUGCCUUCCUACGCUUGGGGGAUAGCAGAGAGCCCUUCCCCCUAGACUGAAGAACACAGUUUUUUUCUUAAGAAAACAGAAAGGUAAUGCAGUUUUUGGAAGGGUCAUGCAGCCAGUCGGAUCAUCAGAAUUAACUCUGGGGUGAGUGGCUCUGCUUGGGCCACGGGCAUUUGCCCCAGAGAACUGUAAGAGCGUCUUUCUACAAUAGCUGUGGGUAGGGCUCCUUGGUUUGUUUUUGUUCCCCCCUGUCCUUCCCUCUACCUGAAGCUCAUCUGAAAGCUAGUUUUACAUUGCUGCUACCCUUUUCUCACUCUGGUCAGAAUCCUCUUUUCUGUGGCAUCAUAAAUGGUUUCCAUGGAAACAAAAGGUUGGGCUAGAAUGAUGCCAAUGUGCAUGUAAACUUCAGAAUUAAACAAGGGCUGUUGUUUUUGCCUGCCACGGAGUUUCAUUCAUUCUGCUCAUGUCACAGGGGACGUUGGCGUGUGCAGCCAUCGCUCCUUGGUUUUCUACGCGGUUCCAACCUUCCUGGCUUAAUGAAGUGUGGAGCCGCCCAGGGACAGCCGGGAUCUUCAUGUCUCUCAUUCUUCAGGCUUUCUCGUAGUUUUGGCGUGUGCAUGUGAAUGUCAACAGGUGAGGAGUACUUAGGACACAGCUACCGACGUGUGCAGACUUCUCCAAGGAAAUUCCUGGCCAGCACCGUUUUCCUUCAAAUCGAGAGGACACAUCAAUGGAUGGCAAGACAGUCACAGGAGAUGGAUGGGCCACCAGACUGCGGAAUUAGCGUUUCCCAAAGUGUAUUCUGCGGAACUAGCACCUACUGUGUUCUCAACACCGUGCCACCUAUAGAAGAUGAUCAUGGGAACAGCAAUAGUAGUCAUGUAAAAAUCUUUUUACCGAAAAAGCUGCUUGAAUGUCUGCCGAAAUGUUCAAGUUUACCAAAAGAGAGGCACCGUUGGAACACUAAUGAGGAAAUUGCAGCUUAUUUAAUAACAUUUGAGAAACACGAAGAAUGGCUAACCACCUCCCCUAAGACAAGACCACAGAAUGGCUCAAUGAUCCUCUACAACAGGAAGAAAGUGAAAUACAGGAAAGAUGGGUAUUGCUGGAAAAAGAGGAAAGACGGGAAAACGACCCGAGAGGACCACAUGAAACUCAAGGUCCAGGGAGUGGAGUGCUUGUACGGCUGCUAUGUCCAUUCCUCCAUCAUCCCCACCUUCCACCGGAGGUGCUACUGGCUCCUUCAGAACCCCGACAUCGUCCUGGUGCACUACCUGAACGUGCCGGCCAUCGAGGACUGCGGCAAGCCCUGCGGCCCCAUCCUCUGCUCCAUCAACACCGACAAGAAGGAGUGGGCAAAAUGGUCGAAGGAAGAGCUCAUCGGGCAGCUGAAGCCCAUGUUCCAUGGCAUCAAGUGGACCUGCAGCAAUGGCAACAGCAGCUCAGGCUUCUCGGUGGAGCAGCUGGUGCAGCAGAUCCUCGACAGCCACCAGACCAAGCCCCAGCCGCGGACCCACAACUGCCUCUGCACCGGCAGCUUGGCAGCAGGCAGCAGCGUGCAUCACAAGUGUAACAGUGCCAAACACCGCAUCAUCUCGCCAAAGGUCGAGCCACGGACAGGGGGGUAUGGGAGCCACUCCGAGGUGCAGCACAACGACGUGUCCGAGGGCAAGCACGAGCACAGCCACAGCAAGGGCUCGGGCCGCGAGAAGAGGAAUGGCAAGGUGGCCAAGCCCGUGCUGCUGCACCAGAACAGCACCGAGGUCUCCUCCACCAACCAGGUGGAGGUCCCCGACACCACCCAGAGUUCCCCUGUGUCCAUCAGCAGCGGGCUCAACAGUGACCCGGACAUGGUGGACAGCCCCGUGGUCACGGGCGUGUCCAGCAUGGCAGUGGCCUCCGUGAUGGGGAGCUUGUCCCAAAGCGCCACGGUGUUCAUGUCGGAGGUCACCAACGAGGCUGUGUAUACCAUGUCCCCCACCUCCGGCCCCAACCACCACCUCCUCUCCCCCGACGCCUCUCAGGGCCUGGUCCUGGCCGUGAGCUCCGACGGCCACAAGUUCGCCUUCCCCACCACGGGCAGCUCAGAAAGCCUGUCGAUGCUGCCCACCAACGUGUCCGAGGAGUUGGUCCUCUCCACCACCCUCGACGGUGGCCGGAAGAUUCCCGAAACCACCAUGAACUUUGACCCUGACUGUUUCCUCAAUAACCCAAAGCAGGGCCAGACGUACGGGGGCGGAGGCCUGAAAGCCGAGAUGGUCAGCACCAACAUCCGGCACUCGCCGCCGGUGGAGAGGAGCUUCAGCUUCACCACCGUCCUCACCAAGGAGAUUAAGACAGAGGACACCUCUUUCGAGCAGCAGAUGGCCAAAGAAGCGUACUCUUCCUCCGCGGCAGCCACGGCGUCCAGCUCCCUCACCCUGACCGCCGGCUCCAGCCUCCUGCCAUCGGGUGGUGGCCUGAGCCCCAGCACCACCCUGGAGCAGAUGGACUUCAGUGCCAUAGACUCCAACAAGGACUACACGUCCAGCUUCAGCCAAACAGGCCACAGCCCCCACAUCCACCAGACCCCCUCUCCGAGCUUCUUCCUGCAGGACGCCAGCAAACCCCUCCCCCUCGAGCAGAAUGCCCACAGCAGCCUGAGUGACUCUGGGGGCACCUUUGUGAUGCCCACGGUGAAAACAGAGGCCUCGUCCCAGACCAGCUCUUGCAGUGGCCACGUGGAGACGCGGAUAGAGUCCACCUCCUCCCUCCACCUCAUGCAGUUCCAGGCCAACUUCCAGGCCAUGACGGCAGAAGGGGAGGUCACCAUGGAGACCUCGCAGGCAGCCGAAGGGGGCGAGGUCCUCCUCAAGUCUGGGGAGCUGCAGGCCUGUAGCUCUGAGCACUACCUGCAGCCCGAGACCAACGGGGUGAUCCGCAGCGCUGGUGGCGUCCCCCUCCUCCCUGGCAACGUGGUGCAGGGACUCUACCCAGUGGCCCAGCCCAGCCUCGGCAACGCCUCCAACAUGGAGCUCAGCCUGGACCACUUUGAUAUCUCCUUCAGCAACCAGUUCUCCGACCUGAUCAAUGACUUCAUCUCCGUGGAGGGGGGCAGUGGCACCAUCUAUGGGCACCAGCUGGUGUCGGGGGACAGCGCGGCACUCUCGCAGUCGGAAGAUGGGGCUCGCGCCCCCUUCACCCAGGCGGAGAUGUGCAUCCCCUGCUGCAGCCCCCAGCAGGGGAGCCUGCAGCUGAGCAGCGCGGAGGCCGGGGCCAGCACCAUGGCCUACAUGCACGUCGCGGAGGUGGUCUCGGCCGCCUCUGCCCAGGGCACCCUGGGGAUGCUGCAGCAGAGUGGACGGGUGUUCAUGGUGACCGACUACUCCCCAGAGUGGUCUUACCCAGAGGGAGGAGUGAAGGUCCUCAUCACAGGCCCGUGGCAGGAAGCCAGCAAUAACUACAGCUGCCUGUUCGACCAGAUCUCAGUGCCUGCAUCCUUGAUUCAGCCCGGGGUGCUGCGCUGCUACUGCCCAGCCCAUGACACUGGUCUAGUGACCCUACAAGUUGCCUUCAACAACCAGAUCAUCUCCAACUCGGUGGUGUUUGAGUACAAAGCUCGGGCCCUGCCCACACUCCCUUCCUCCCAGCACGACUGGCUGUCAUUGGACGAUAACCAGUUCAGGAUGUCCAUCCUGGAGCGGCUGGAGCAGAUGGAAAGGAGGAUGGCUGAGAUGACAGGGUCCCAGCAGCACAGACAGGCGAGCGGAGGAGGCAGCAGUGGCAGCGGCAGUGGCGGCGGGAACGGCGGCAGUCAAGCCCAGUGUGCUUCUGGGACCGGGACCUUGGGGAGCUGCUUCGAGAGCCGCGUGGUCGUUGUGUGUGAGAAGAUGAUGAGCCGAGCCUGCUGGGCAAAGUCCAAGCACUUGAUCCACUCAAAGACGUUCCGUGGAAUGACCCUCUUACACCUGGCUGCCGCCCAGGGUUACGCCACCCUGAUCCAGACCCUCAUCAAGUGGCGCACAAAGCAUGCGGAUAGCAUCGAUUUGGAACUGGAAGUCGACCCCUUGAAUGUGGACCACUUCUCCUGUACUCCUCUGAUGUGGGCCUGUGCCCUCGGGCACCUGGAAGCUGCUGUCGUGCUGUACAAGUGGGACCGCCGGGCCAUCUCCAUUCCCGACUCUCUAGGAAGACUGCCUUUGGGAAUUGCCAGGUCAAGGGGUCAUGUGAAAUUAGCAGAAUGUCUGGAGCACCUGCAGAGAGAUGAGCAGGCUCAGCUGGGACAGAACCCCAGAAUCCACUGUCCUCCAAGUGAGGAGCCUCCUACAGAUAGUUGGAUGGCGCAGUGGCACAGCGAAGCCAUUAACUCUCCAGAAAUACCCAAGGGAGUCACUGUCAUUGCCAGUACCAAUCCAGAGCUGAGAAGACCUCGGUCUGAACCCUCUAAUUACUACAGCAGUGAGAGCCACAAAGAUUAUCCGGCUCCCAAAAAGCAUAAAUUGAACCCUGAGUACUUCCAGGCAAGGCAGGAGAAGCUGCUUUCCACUGCACUGAGUCUGGAACAGCCAAAUAUCAGGAAGCAAAGCCCUAGUUCUAAGCAGCCUGUCCCUGAGACAGUCAGCCCCAGUGAAGGAGUGAGGGACUACAGCCGGGAACUCUCCCCUCCCACUCCAGAGACUGCAGGAUUCCAAGCCUCUGGAUCUCAGCCUGUAGGAAAGUGGAAUGCCAAAGAUCUUUACAUUGGUGUGUCUACAGUACAGGUGACUGGAAAUCCGAAGGGGACCAGUGUAGGAAAGGAUGCAGCACCUUCACAGGUGCGUCCACGGGAACCAAUGAGUGUCCUGAUGAUGGCUAGCAGAGAGGUGGUGAACACAGAGAUGGGGGCCUACCGGGAUAGUGCAGAAAACGAAGAGUGCUCGCAACCCAUGGAUGACAUCCAGGUGAGCCGUGGCGAGGUGAACAUGAUGACCUUGGCAGAACACAUUAUUGAAGCCACCCCUGAACGAAUCAAGCAGGAGAAUUUUGUGCCCAUGGAGGCCUCAGGAUUGGAAAGGACAGGGCCUGCCACCAUUAGCAGUACAAUGAGCUGGCUGGCCAGUUACCUUGCUGAUGCGGAUCGUCUGCCAAAUGCUGCCCAGAUCAGAAGUGCAUAUAAUGAGCCUCUCACCCCUUCUUCUAAUACCAGCCUGAGCCCUGUAGGCUCUCCUGUCAGUGAAAUAGCUUUCGAGAAACCUAACCUGCCCUCAGCAGCGGACUGGUCAGAAUUCCUAAGCGCAUCUACCAGUGAGAAGGUUGAGAAUGAGUUUGCUCAGCUGACUCUGUCUGACCAUGAGCAGAGGGAGCUCUACGAAGCUGCCAGGCUUGUCCAGACAGCUUUCCGGAAAUACAAGGGACGACCCUUGCGGGAACAGCAAGAAGUAGCUGCUGCUGUCAUUCAGCGUUGUUACAGAAAAUAUAAACAGCUGACAUGGAUAGCCUUGAAGUAUGCACUUUAUAAAAAGAUGACACAGGCUGCCAUCCUUAUCCAGAGCAAAUUCCGAAGUUAUUAUGAACAAAAAAAAUUUCAGCAGAGCCGACGGGCUGCUGUGCUGAUCCAGAAGUAUUAUCGGAGUUAUAAGAAAUGUGGCAAAAGACGGCAGGCUCGCCGAACAGCUGUAAUUGUACAACAGAAACUCAGGAGCAGUUUGCUAACCAAAAAGCAGGACCAAGCUGCUCGAAAAAUAAUGAGGUUUCUACGCCGCUGUCGCCACAGCCCCCUGGUGGACCAUAGGCUGUACAAAAGGAGUGAAAGAAUUGAAAAAGGCCAAGGAACUUGAAGACAUACAGCAGCAUCCCUUAGCAAUGUGACAUUGCUUUUCAGACUGUUUUCAUUUCUGUUUUUAGCAGAGACAUGCAACAACAACAUACACGCGCACACACACACACACACACACACACACAAUCCCUCUGCAGUGUUGGGGAGAUCAGCUGCAGGAUUUUAACAGGAAUGUUUUGGUCAUUGCAUUUGCACUUUCAUGGACAACUUUUAAUUUGAUCAGCAAGACAUCUUGGAACUCAAUCUUCUGUUGGAUCAUGGGAAAACAAGACACCAGGAGGAAUUGAAAGAGGCUUCUUCUUAGGAAGAAGUCAUUUCCUUCUCAUAUAGGGCUGUAUUCAAACAUCGUGUGGAACUGUACAAAUAUUUAUACCAAAAAUAUAGAUAAGAAAAGGUGGGGAUAUACUAGCAACAAAAAAGAAUGCUGUGCCUGCACCUGUCGGUUAUUUCCAAGAAGCUGAAUCUUUGGGAUUGAUUCUCAGUGGAGGGCUUAGAUCAUACAAAUCUUUAUUGGGUCCGUGUGUUCUCAUUUCCUUCACUGUUUAUUUUGUUUGUUUGUUUGUUUGUUUGUUUUAAUCUCUACAGCACACUUAAUGCAACUUUUAAAAUCUGCAGGUUUUUAAUGUCUUGUGGAAAUUUGCAGAGGGGCGGGUGUGUGGUAAACGGGUAAUGCAUGGGAAACAAUGAGAAACAGCUUACAGAGUUUAAAUUUAUUUUCUUGUCCCCACCACCUCCCAAGAACCUGCGAGGAUAGUAAUCAUCUUGUCCCCUUUUUCAUGUUCAGCACUUUAAUUUUUUUGCCUUACUUUCAUGUGCAAUGAAAAUUACUUAAGAAUUGGUAAAGCAUGUAGCCUUUUUUAGUAACCUUGGAAACUGUAGUAAUUCUAAGGAAUCAUAAACCUUGCCUGGACAUUUGCCACCUAAAUGAUCAGUGUGGUGCUGCGUUCUGGCCAGUAAAUUCCAUGUUUUUGGCUAUAUCUCAUCCAAAUGGAGCAGUUUCUGUGUAUAUAUAGAAGGUAGAAAUGAAAAGUGAGAAAAUAUUUGAAAGGGAUUAUAUUAAUUGCUAAAUAUUUUAUUCACAAAGGUCAAUAACAUGGCAAGAUAAAAUUAUUUGUAUAGUUUUGUCUGAAUGAGCGAGAAAAAUGUGGAUGUACUGUUUGUAUAUAUUGUAUAUAUUAAAACAAAGAGAUAUGUGCAUGAACUCAAGAAGAAAUGAACAAAAGCAAAGCAUUAGUGGCUAUGGUCUGUAAAAUGAAACAAAAAAACUUUAUUUCACUAUAAGAGUACUUUAUUUUAAAUGUUCUUUAGAAGAACAUUUUGCUAAAGCAUGACUAAACUGCAAAAAAAAAAAAGAGCUACUGUAUUUAGACUUAGGAAAAAAGGCAGAGUAACAUUACUUAAAAAAAAAAAAGGAUAUGUUUACAUUUAAUUUUGGCUACCAGGAGUUUAGUUUAUUUUAUUUAAAAUUUUUUUGCCAAUGGUGCCAAGUAAUGUGAAUGCUAAUAUUGCUUAAGAAAAUUAAGUUACUUUUGCAAAACAGAUAAUCAUAAGAUGAAUCAGUAUGUAGCUUAACACCAUCCACUCACUCCAACAAAGAACACUUAGAAUGAUCAAAACCUGACAAAAGAAAUACUAUGAAAAGUAGAAAAAUGUCACGCUUCCAUAUCUCCUGCUGGAAAUCAGAAAAUGUUAUAAAAAUUGCACAAAAAGUAACUAAAAAUGAAAACGAGUCAGACUGGUCUUGUUAGGGAUGUCAUGGUGUAUUACUAUUUCCACAUAAUGAGGAGCCAAAGAAAUCUGAUGUUUUUAAAAAUUAAACUACUAAUGUUAAAUUGAGAGAAUAAAGUUUGCAUUUGCUGAUGCCAGUUUAAAACUCCCAGGUUAAGUUUAAGGAUCAGUUGGUGUGAAGCUGAGAUUUUUUUCUUGGUUCUGGCUGCCAACUGUGAGUUAAAACUCAAGGCUUGUUGUGAAGCCUAAAAAUAUUCACAAAUAAGCUUUUAAACUGGUGUCUUUGGAAGGAAGGUAGAUACAAAAAGAUUGUGGUAAAAACUGGGGUCAGUGCUCUUGGUGCCUUUUCUAUAAUUGUACUUGUUUUUUAAUUACUUCCUUUCACUGCCAACCUCGAAUUACUGUACAGUAUAUGUCUUUCUGCUUGUGAUCAGCUUUGACAACAGUGACAGCCCCACAACUAGUAGCCACCUGUACAUUUGUAAACUGACCUGACUCAAUUUUGUUUUUAAAUGUGUGGGUUAUGUUGCAGCUGUUGCAGUCCCCCAAAUACGUAUUAUUUUACACAAUUUGACCUAUAGGAGGACACUGAGUAAUUUAUGAACACACAAUUGCAUUCAUAAAUGGGAACAGAAUGUGAAAGCCAGCUCUUUCAGAACAUCCUAUAUUAAUACUGAAUUUUAGAUAUGUUUAUUCCAUUUAUUAUGGUACAACUAAUGAUCUUUUGACCAGAGUAAUGACCUCAGUGGAUUUGCUUUAACCCUCACAUUUAUUUUUUUUUAAAUGUUUCACAUGCUACAUUAUUAGCUGAAUAAGUUAGGAAAUUCCAGAAGAUAGAGACUUAUGUAGAAUUAGGAGGGUUUUUAUGGAAGGGAUGGGAAGUAGGUUCAAAGCCUACCACCAGUGUAACCUACCAGUACAACUGUGAAUCCUAGGUGAGGUAAAAAUGCACUUCCACUGAAACAAAGCAUUUCUGACUGCUUUUCCUUGGUUGUAAAUCUUAAUUUUGAAUAUAAGAUGAUAGGUAAGCGCAGCUUUCUUGGAUAAUCUGAAUUCCCAAGUGCCAGGAGUAGGAUUUCAUUAUAAAAUUAAUAGCUAAUCUUAUUCUAUCUCCUGAAGAUUUAAUUGCUAUUCUUGUUACCCAUUCAAAAUCAGCUGUACUGUGUGAACGAAAUAAAGACAAUAACACGAACCCCUCUCUGGCUGCACGGUCGCUUAUGGCAGUUCCACACAGUAGUUGGCGCCCAAUGGGGGGUCCCUGAGACUUGCAUGUAAAACUAGUCUAGAUGUCUUCUUUUUUGUAAGUUUUAUUUUUGUAAUUGUGCAUGUAAAGCAUCAUUGAAUCAAUGGAUCUGUUGAAGAACUCAGCUGCUGGAAACCAUGCAAAAUGUUUUGAAUUGCCCUUAAAAUAUGGAAAAUGUUUUCUGAAUGCUUUAUAUUCUUUCUGCUGUAAAUUAAAAAUGAAGAAAAUUUCCCCAUA